CACUCAGUUCACUCGAUGCAUCUUCAUCCGUCACUACCAUCAGCUGCAGAGGCUACUCAACCGGAACUGUCCAGCAAAAAGUUCCAAGCCCUGAACCCCAAAUCCGGUGCAGCCCAUCAGACACGUAGCAGACGCAGGAAGACAUGUCCACAUCGACGUUCGAGUCAUCGCUCGAUCUCGUCACAGACUUUCUCAUCGAGCGCAACCGCACCCUUCCAGACCUCCCUACUCGGCCCUCAAGAGAGUCAUUAGAUACCGCCCUCAAGGCUUUACCUACUUUUUUACCAGAAAGCGGAUGGGGCACUCAAAGAACAAUCGAGCACGUCUUGCAGAAUGUCGUGCCCGGCUUGUGGACCGGCCAUGCCGGGAAUAGGUACUUUGGGUUGGUCACGGGUGGCGUCACCGAAGGAGCGCAGUUGGGGGACAUGAUUGCGGGUUCACUGGACGAAAGCAUCCAGCUCAAUUUCCCUGAUAGCACCAUCGGAUUAGCCCUAGAAGAUCGGACGUGUGAUCUCGUUCUCGACCUGCUAGGAAUACCGCCCGAUACCUUUCGUGGUAGGACGAUCACAACCGGAGCCACUGCGAGCAAUAUCGUCGGUCUAGCUUGCGCCAGAGAUAGUCUCUUGUCAAACCACCCAGGCCUUCCCAGAGGCUGGAACGUAGCAGAAGAUGGCUUUCCUCCCCAAACCCUCCAUCCCUCGGGCGACCCGAUCCCUCCUGUCCGCGUAUUUUGCAGAAAAGCACACGGUUCGAUAAACAAGGCCGCAGCGGUCACCGGCAUCGGAAGGAGGAAUGUCGUUGAUAUUCCCCCUGGAACGGACGCGCUGAAGAUCGGCAUGGACGCUUACGUACUGGAAAGAGAGUUGAGGGAGACCAAGGGGAUGGGAAUAGGGUGCAUCGUGGUGGUCGGACUAGGGGAGGUCAAUACUGGUUUCUUUGCUCAGGACGUACAUCGCAUCGCCGACAUUUGCCAGAAAACUGGCGCUUGGUUGCACAUUGACGCAGCUUUCGGUGCUUUCGGCUCAUUACUGCCUGGGAACGAACAUCUGAGCAGCGAGAUGAUGCGAGCGGAUAGCUUGACAGUGGAUGCGCACAAGUGGCUCCACUGCCCUUACGACUGCGCCUUGCUCUACACCCGGACGUCGGACAGCCUCUCGAGGUCGUUCGGUCCCUCCCCUAAUACUGCCGGACCUGCCUACCUCGCCCCUUCGACGAUUUCCAAGGACGACAACGUCGCUGAAGAUGUACAGACACUGAGGGACUGGCACCAGUCACUCCCUAGUCCGCUGAAUUGCGGUAUAGAGAAUAGUCGCAGAAACAGGGCUCUACCGUUGUUCACGGCUUUGGUAGAGAACGGUCGAGAUGGCUAUGCAGAUAUCGUGCGGAGGAAUUGUGACUUCGCCAACUGCAUAGCCAAGUGGUUACAAGACGCGCAGGCAGGGGGAGAAUGGUACGAGCUCGUAAACGGCACCACAUCGCCAGGCGAAAGGACUGUACCGCUCAAUAUUGUCCUCUUCCGUGGCAAAGAAGGAUCGCGGUAUCCUCCUUCUGACCCUGGUUCAGCGGCUCGAUUGGUCAAGGCGAUCAAUGAGACGAGGAGAAUUUUUGUCACGAUCACGAGUUGGGACAGGGUGGGUGCCGUCAGAAUUGCUGUUUCGAAUUGGCGGACGGCCAAUGGUAAGAGCGGCGUAGAAGCGAGCUCCGAGCUUGCCGAGGUCAAGGCUGUCCUGACGCAGGUCAUGCGUGAGAUGUAAUCGCUGCCGAA